AUGUUUAGACAGGCUAUCAGAAGAGCUUCCACUCUACCUCCUUACGCUUUGAAGCCAGCGUACCCUCAUCCUAACAAGGAGGCUGCUAAGGCGUUCAAGGAAUCUCUAGUUGCCACUGAGAAGCACGGUUCGCAUACUUCCAAGUUGUGGAUGAAGAUCUCGAUGUUCAUUGCAGCCCCAGCCAUUUUAUUGACAGGUAUAAAUACUUAUUUCGUUGAAGCGAAGCAUGCGCGCCACAGAGAACAUUUGAAACAUGUACCUGAUGAGGAAUGGCCAAGGGACUACGAAUACCAGAAUUUGAGACACAAGCCAUUUUUCUGGGGCGAUGGGGACAAGACUUUAUUCUGGAACCCAGUUGUUAACAGACACAUUGAGAGGGAAUGA